AUGAUAUCAAAGUUGUUGCUUAUUUUGAUAUUAAUCGACAUUGCGAACUGUGAUAAAUACGUUAAAAAGAAUCGUGCUUUAAACUCUGCACUCAAAGAUACAUCAGAUUUCUUCGGGAGAUUGAAGUCGGACUAUGCGUCGAAAGGUUUGAACGACGAUACACUGACCGACAUUAACACGAAAGUUGCGGAAUACAUCAGAAACAUGUCGAGAACAAUCUCUGCCCGUCAUAAACGAGAAUUACGCGAGAAUCCUGUUGAAGGUAUCAGUGUAUUUAAUGGAUUUCGUGACGUUAAUAAAUUCAAUUUCGGGAACGUUCGUGACGUAACUUUCUUCUCUCUCCAACAUGGAUUCGAAACAGUUUGGUUCGCUGUAGUUUUGGACGUCUCCGGGAACGGAGUUCUUCACAAUGUAGACUUCCAUGCCGUGCGAAACGGGCAGCAAAUGAUGGUGAACAGCUGUCCUUACCAGGCGCUUCUGAUAAUCCAACAUGAAAAUGGAUUUCUCAUUUUGAGCUUCAGCAAAGUUCAAGACAGGUACAGCUUGCGGCCGGUACAGAGCCUCGAAUUGGACAGUAUAAGUCAUCUAGCAAUUUGGAACGGAAUGAGCCUGUUGCACUUGGCGACAGUUUCCCGCUCGAACAUAUCAAUUUACACGUGGCUUGGCGAUUACUUCGACUCGAUGCAGGUCAUCGACGUCGGUACAGAGAAGUUAAUUCCCUUUCAAAGCAAGGGAUUUAUGUAUCUGGCAGUGACCGGAUCCUCCACGUUGAUUUUCAAGUACUCCUUGAGAUCCAACAAAUUCGUGGUCGUGCAGAAAUUGCCACCGAGCCGGGACGUCUCUUACUUUCAACUAACAGAGGGCCACUUCAUGGAACACUAUUUGACAUUAUCAACAGAGUUCUCCACUGUCAUUUACAAGGAGAUACGCAAUCGCUUUGUACCGUUUCAACAAAUUUCAGCCGGCAAAUUCAUGGUACCGGUCAUUUCGAGGAGGACCAUUGUGCUCUUAACUCUAUGUAACAGCACCAUAGUACCCUACCAGUACAAUGGCUGGAGAUUUGUAGAAUUGGAUGCGAAAUUACCUGGGAUCAGUCGAUUUCGUCGAGUGAUGCUGUACGAUAAAGAGUUGUUGCUAAUGAGAAGCACCAAUGACAAUUGGACGUUGAAACAACCACUGUGGAAAGGAGAAAAGUCUUACAAGAAUUUGCAAGAGGAGAUAAGAGCGUGGAACAUUGAUACCAAGGACAGAGUCCAAAGAGCGAUGAAAGAAAUUCCAAAGCCAAGGGACUCUGUCAAGAUCUUAAGAGGUCACAUUGAUCAACUUCGCACUCAUAACAUAAAUGGACAAAACUCGCAACAGUUAAAAGAUGCGUAUAAACAAUACAAAAAGUUGACUUCUAAAUUUCAAGCGCAAAAGGUUGCUAUCAGCAAUAAAUGGCGUCCCAAGAACGUGACCAUUUCUUCGCUGCACGGGAAGACGGUUCAAGUGAAAUGCAAACAAAAGUGUAAAGUUAACCGAUUGAAUGUUAUAGGACAUAUGAAUCGCUUGCCCAAGUUGAUAAUGUCAAUGAAGGUGAAUCGAACAUUGGGUCCUGACGAAUUAAGUAUAAAAAAGCUGAAAAAUUGGAGAUGUCCAGUCUUGAGUCUUCCGAUAGAAGAGGUCAUGGUUUCCGAGUCAGUUAAUGGAAUAACUUUGAAGUAUCUGCAAGAAAAUGCUCUGAAAGUAACCGGUGAUCAAGAAGUUUCUGGGAAGCAUAGUUUCGUUACCGUAAAGGCAGCGAAUGUUUCUAUGCCAUUAAAUAUUGCUGCGUACUUAACAAAUCAAGAUGUAGUAAUAAAAGAAAUAAAAGUUAAGCAACUGAAUCUAACGACAGGAGGAAUUUUAUUACCAUUAAAUGGUUCAUCUUCAACGAUUACUGGCUCAAUUAAAACACCUGAAUUAAAAAUAAAAAAUCUUGUUGAUGUGAGGGGAAAAAUAGAAGGAAAAUGGAAAUCAAGAUUAUCACGUACAAUAUUCAUCAACGAACCUAUGAUUUUGAAUAACAAUAUUAGUUUGGAAAAUGUCAAGAUUGAUAAUUUAAUGUCUACAAAUUUAAUUGCUAGUAAGACAGGGUCAAUCAAAAGUACUUUGUCGAAUGCAAUAUCUUUGCAAGAUAAUGUAUCAGUGUCCUUAAUUCUUUCAAAUGAAAAGAUGAAAUGGAGCAAUGUCACUUUACACGGUUUUCAAAAAUGGGUUACUGCGAAUUCUCAUAAUAUCAGUGUUAUAUCAGGGAGGAAGCAUUUUCUUCAAAAUGUGGAGAUAACAAAGUUCUCUUAUGAUAACAUGAAGUUCUCAAAGAAUCAAAAUUCAUUCUUGAACGAUUUGAAAUUAUGUGCCACUUCUGUUAUUGCGCUGGAAGUUAAAACUUCGCUGUUAACUGCGGAUGUUAUAACCGCGAAGAAAUUAAACAGUCCACGUAUUUUUGGGAACAUGAAUGACAACUAUUUCAUUGAUGGUUCGACAAUACUUUUCAAGCCUGUUUUAUUUGGAAAAUUGUACUACCGUAAUUUCACUGCAAAAGAUGUGUUUACAACGCAGCUGAAUAAUUUGAAUUUAUCCAAAUUAAAGAAUCUUGUGAAUUCAUGGAUUGAACCGAAUAUUCUCAAUACUUCGAUAGAAGCGAAAGUCUUGAGAACGAAAACUCUUCGAUCACCUGUUACAUUUUACAGAGAAUUACCCAAGGUAAUAAGAAAUGUCAUAUUAGAGCGAAACGCUCGUGUAGAUUACAUCAAUAACAUUGAUGUGAUCGAUUUCUUGGAUAAUGCUAUAAGACUCGAUGAUAUGAAAUCUUUGCAGAACAUAACAUUUCGUAAUGGUUUUAGUACGAAUCGUAUAUAUGCGUCUGAUCUUCCAUUUCACUUGAUCGACACAGAGAAAGAUCUUAGUCUGCGUAAAAAAAGAAUAUCUGGAGACAUAGAAACCAGUGCAAUGAAUUUACCAUAUUCCUUCAAAAUCACAGAGAACGAGACUCCAGUUGAUAUCUUCGUAAAGGGAUCUGCGAGGUUUUUGCUCGAACCGACAAUAACGAAUGUGAAUGAUGUUGUACUGGAAAAAUUGUUAUCAGAAAUUUGGCUGACGACGAACACCACAACACUUUCUGGGAAGAAUUUGCAUUUUAAAAAUAUAGUCAUAAAUGGAGAUGUUACUCUAAACAAUAUGAUGAGCACAUUGAAUGUUGAAACGUGGAGGAACAUUUCGAAGCGUGUUUUAAGCAAAACAAAGUCGCAGGAAAUAUCGCAUCCUGCGUCUUUGGGUGACGUCGAAGUUCCUUUUAUUGUGGGUUCGAACGUUUCAAGAUUGAAGUCUUCGGUACCAGAUCUCAACGACAUAUUCGAGAAUUCUUUGCUAAAGAAUAAAGAUCAACAAGUGAAGGCGAAGUGGAUGUUUGAUACGUUGAAGAUCUUAGGAAACUUGAAUGGGAUACGGACAAUCAACAAGCUGGAUCUUGAGAAAGAUGUUGUAAGACACGACUCGAAAGAGAACACUGUAAUUGGAAAGAAAACGGUCAUGCGUUUGUUCGCGGAGAGUUUGAACGGUUACAAUUUUGAUAAAUGGACCGCUAACGCUUUGACGAAGUCGAGAAAAUACUUAGCCAUAGAGGGACGAAAGACGUUUAGCACUGCUACGUUUAAUGACGUAAAGGUGUCUGGUACUGUUAUGGGUAAUAUUAUAGAAGAGGCAUUAACAAAAUCCACGAACCAAACGAUCUAUGGCCAGAAAAAAAUACAAGGUUCCAUCAAUGCAUCUGAGCUUAUUGUCAAUGGCCUAAUAAAUGACGUGAAUCUGACUGAACUAAUAGCUCACCAGUUAAAGAAGAAUAAACCUCUUCAGACAAUAAGAACAAGAACUGUGUUUCAAAACAACUUACAUAUUCGUGGAAAUCUUACAGUCAGAGGUACUUACGACGCGGCAGAGAUGAAAAAUUUUUACACAAGCUACUCGAAUGUUUUGCCCAUUGCUGAAAAAAUGGAGCGGUCUUUGGAGGCGGCAGAAGAGAUUAGAACAGCUCUACAAAAUAGAGCUGUUUAUAUAAAUAAGUUUGAAGUCAUGAAGGACACUAUUGAUGCUUUAAACGAAUCUACGGUUAUUCAGACAGUGCAACACAAAUUUGCAAAUUUUUCUUCUCGUUGUAUCAAUAGCUCUGCAUUGAACUCCACACAGUUAACGCAGCAAACAAACAACACCAAUUUUAUAUUAUUAAAAUCAAUUGUGAUGGACGAAGAAGAGUUCAUUGUACUUGUAAAAUUUGAUUCCGUAUCCAUAUUUUCAUUUAAUCGCAUGAAGAGUUCAAGCGAUCUUGUUGAUUCAAAAGAGUUAUACAUUCCAAGAAUAAUGGAAGCGUUCGUGCAGUCAAGAAUGCAUGCCUUGUGGAUCGUUUUGCGACUAACCACGCAGACUUUGGUUCUACGGUAUCAGCCGUGGGACGAUUUGCAAGAAUACGUUUUGCCAGCCACGGAUGUAUUCGAAAUGAUCGUAUCUCCGAACGAUCAGCUUUUAUUAUUACUGUCAGAUGGUAUGUGGGACCUUGAAGGAUUAGCGAGCCCCCGAAAUAUUAUCGGAAUUCCUUUCAAAGAAAAAGUAGAGACGUUCACCGAUGGGCAUAAUUUUUAUGUAAAAUGCACAUCAAAAAAUGAUACAACUUUAAUGAAAGCACGAUACAUAAGGAACUAAAGAUACAGGGCUUUGGCAUCGUUGGUAUUGAGAAAUUUAAACAAAGUAUGUUUAAUGUUAUUUCGUUAAUACUUGGAUGUUUCAAUGAAUGAUGUGUAAUUUUGAGAAGUGUAAUAAACUUGAAGAAGUGUAAUAAAAUGGAAAGAAAGAACCUUUGAAAAGCGUACGAGACUAUUCAAGAUGUAUAAGAGAAAUUCUUCCAACAGUACUAUCGUCCCAAAUAAUUCGUUUCAUAGCUCUACGAGGGCUAAUGUUCAAUACGUGUAUUUCUCAAACACUCCUUAGCUAAGUGCGUUUAAAUAAUGUGUCAGUAGCAACGGAAGACAUUGUUACCUGAGAACCAGAAAUAAUUCUAUACAUCUUUUCAAAAGAAAAGGACAAAGGAAAUAAAAUAAUGGACGAACUUUGGCAGCUUUCUUAAUUACGGUGACAUCCUCAGCUUUCGUUUUGGCCGUGUCUGUCUUUUUCUUCUCCUCCACUUUGAACAGUUUC